AUGUGGGAGGGUCUCUCAGUGUACAUGUGCACGCUGCUAUCUGAGUUAGGACCGGAGACCACUAGAUCCUCCCUGAGCUCACAGUCAUGGCAGGCCCUCCUCUGUGAGGCCUACACUGGCAGCUCUGGAGUCCUCUGGACUUAUGGGACACCAGUAGCAUGUGCUCAGCCAGAAGACAUCCCCGCACUGGGAGAGGGACGCUCAAGUCCCAGUUCCGUUCUGCACCUAAGGCUCCCCUUCGUCCUGGGGACCAGGGUCCCCCAAGCUGUGGCCUGGAAGAACUCGACAAAUGCCGGGGCGCCCCCUCCUGGCCGCCGUCCAAUGGGAAAGCUCGGCAGGGAGGGGGUGGGCCAGAGCCGCUCCCGCCUUCCGGUUGACCCCGCCUCGCCCAUGCGCAGUCAGGGCGCGGGCGGGGCGCGGCUCCCAACGCGAAACAUGGCCGAUCAGGGCUCGGGUGUUGGCGGCGGAGUCUGUGAGGACGAGGGCGAUGACAGCGUGUUAAAGGCGGCUGUGGAGGUGUUCGGGAAGCUGAAGGACCUCAACUGCCCCUUCCUUGAGGGUCUGUAUAUUACAGGACCAGAGACAAUCCAGGAACUGCUGUGUAACCCCUCGAAGUACCGCUUGGAGGUCCUGGAAUGGAUGUGUAUACGAGCCUGUCCAUCCUUGGAGGACAAGUUCACCUCACUGAGUGGGGCCCCAGUAGAUGUGAAGAUCCAAGAGAUGGUGAGACUGGGCCAUGAGCUGAUGCUGUGCACACUGGAUGACCAGGCGCUCCUAAAGGGCAGUGCCUGCGCCUGGAAGCAGCUGCACUUCAUGGACCAGUUGUUAGACACAGCUCGGAGCCUGACCAUCGGAUGCUCCAACUGCCCAAGCCUGAAGGAGCACUUCGAGGACACCAGGGAGAAGAACAGGGCCUUGCUGGAGGAGCUCUUCUCCAGUCCACAGCUGCAGACACUGCUGACACCCGAGUGUGACCCGUGGGCCCUGGACAUGCAGCUCCUCCUGGACAAGCCGAAUGAUGACUGGCAGUGGGCCAGCCCCUCUGUCAAGUCCGAGGAGGAGAAGGUGGUAGAGCUGGCCAGGCAGUUGCAGGAGAGUGCUGCCAAGCUGCAGGCGCUCAGGGUUGAGUGCCUUGUACAGCACAAGCAGGGGGCCGCUGUGGGCACGGCCGACACUAGCACCCUAGACCAGAAGCUGCGCCUGGUCACCUCCGACUUCCACCAGCUCAUCCUGGCUUUCCUCCAAGUCUAUGACAACGAGCUGGGUGAGUGCUGCCAGCGCCCAGGCUCCAGCCUCCACCCGUGCGGUCCCAUCGUCCAGGCCGUGUACCAGACUCUGGCUUCCUGCAGCCAGGUGUUGAAAGCAGUCGAGGAAGUCACUGACACUUCUGGGAAAGCUAUGGAGAUGACGAAGAAGCAGCAGGGUGACCUGAUCUGCUGGGGUGGCAGCAGCUCCAUGAUGAGUCUAGCCACCAAAAUGGACGAACUGACACAGAAGUACAACGCCUUCACCAACAGCCUGCACAAAGGCGCAGGGUAGUCUGGGAGCAGGACAUCCUCCGGGAGGCUGAGCCCAAAGCGGCAGGAGGCCCAGCCGGGCAGGAGCAGCAGCCGCAGCCGCAGCCUCUGCGGGUCCGCCAGGCAGCAGCCCUCAUUGCAUCAGAAGGGCGGGGGAGUGUGACCUGGACACAGGAAACCUUGAGUCUGAAA